AUGGAGGUGCACCAGGUCGAAGGAAUGAGGGAGGGAGGGAUCGUGACAGUACAUGGUCCCUUCGAGCACGCCCUAGAUCACAGUCUAAGGAGAGUCGACAGUGGAUAUGGCCCUGGUUUGACUGAAGUACCCGUCGCAGCCUCAGCACAUACAUCCCCCAGCGACGCCAACAACGUCCAUGAUCAACCCGAGGCUGCUGCUGAGGGCAGCUUGGGCUCGCUAGCUACCGAUGCAUACAUUGAGACCAUAGAGACAGCACUGGAUGAUUCUCAGCCAUUGUUCUCGGAAUUCAGCAAAUACGAAAAGUUAUUCAUCGUGGUAAUGGUGACUCUUGCCUCGUUCUUCUCCCCUCUCUCCGGUCAAAUCUACUACCCCGUCAUGCCAACAUUGGUACGGAACUACAACCUCACCCCGGAGCUGAUCAACCUCACAAUCACAACAUAUUUGAUCUUCCAAGGGCUCGCGCCGAGCUUCAUGGGCGCCUUCGCUGAUACCGGGGGCAGACGUCCAGCGUAUAUUAUUGCGUUCGCAGUGUAUACCGCAGCCAAUAUCGGGCUGGCCUUACAGAACAGUUUCGCGGCGUUGCUUGUCCUCCGCUGUCUCCAGAGCGCAGGGAGCAGCGGGACGGUGGCUUUUGGGUAUGGCGUUAUAGCGGAUAUUACGACAACAGCAGAGCGUGGGAAAUAUAUCGGCCCCAUGGCAGCAGGUGUUAUGGUUGCUCCUGCGCUGGGCCCCGUUAUCGGUGGUCUUUUGGCUAAAUUCCUCGGCUGGCGCAGUGUCUUUUGGUUCCUGGUCAUUGUUAGUGGAGGGUAUUUGGUGUUAUAUGUGCUUGUUAUGCCAGAGACAGCGCGCAAGAUUGUUGGUAACGGCCACGCAGUGCCAAAUGAGUGGUGGCGCAUGUCGGUCAUCCAAUGGUGGUCGAAGAAGAGGCAGGCACAGUCGGACAAAGAAGGGAACACUAGCGCAGAAGAAUCCCAGCAGUCCUCGCAUACCAAGAGACUUAGGUUCCCGAAUCCUCUCAAUUCCUUUGUUAUCUUGCUGGAGUGGGAUGCCCUGAUCAUCAUCUCGUACGUCGGAAUUGUGAUGUUCUCGAAUAUUGCUCUCUUGACAAGCACUCCCAAUCUCUUUGGUCCCUUGUACGGAUUCAACGAGCUCCAGAUUGGGCUUUGUUUCUUGCCCCUCGGAGUAAGCUCUUGCCUCGGCGCAGUUCUAUAUGGGAAAGCCAUUGACUACAACUAUAAGCGGACAGCCGAGAAGCUCGGAUUCCCAGUGGACCGGAAGAAAGGAGACUACUUACGCAGUUUCCCAAUCGAGCGCGCUCGCCUGCAAACAGUAUUCCCAGUAAUGGCCAUCGGCGUUACAUCAUUCAUCCCAUACGGCUGGGUUCUACAGCAAAGAGUACACUUAGCUGCCCCACUGGUAUUGCAGUUCAUAAUAGGCUUCUGCUUCGUUGCAUCCCUGAAUUGCCUCAACGCCCUUCUUGUCGACCUAUUCCCAGACAAGCCUGCCACAGCUGCGUCGGCAUGCAAUCUUGUUCGCUGCUGCCUUGGUGCUGUUGGGGCUGCUAUCAUUGGCCAAAUGCUGAGUAGCAUGGGAUGGGGAUGGUGUUUUGUUUUUCUUGGCUUGGUCAUGGCUGUUGGUAUGGGGCUGCUCUGGGUUGAAAUUGUCUAUGGGAUGGGCUGGAGAGAGAAGAGGUUGGUCAAAAUCGAACGGAAGAAGGUGGAGAAGGAGGUGAGAGCCGCUGAGAUUCAGGUCGAGGGAAAGGCAGAUGGGGGAGAACAGAAGGUUACUAAUAUUCGAGAAUCGGUUGCUGGUGCUCGUGCUGAUGCUGGUGUCACUGGAGGAACUGGUACUCGCUCAAACCAGUGA